AUUCAUUACAACAAAAUAUAAGACAGCGUGCUUUUUUCUUGUGUUUCUUUUGAAUUAAAACUGUAAAAUUUAAUUAAGUGCCGCACAAAAACUUCCUCACAAUGCAAGUGGACGAAAAGCCAAAAGUUUAUCUAACCGAAUAUAAAGUGAAACAAGAUGCUCACGAUUACGGAAUGGCUGACGAUCUGUGGAGUUUUGAGAAUUUCAAGAAAAAAUUCCGUAUUGUUGUUGUACGACAAGCAUACAAUGAACCAGAAACCGAACCAUUGAUUGAAUUCGAUUUGAUUGGCUGUUUGCCGAGCAUUGCGAAUGCAUUUCGUCGUCUGAUGUUGAGUGAAGUGCCCAGCAUGGCAAUUGAAAAAGUGUACAUGUACAACAACACAUCAAUCAUUCAAGACGAGGUGUUGGCCCAUCGACUGGGUUUGAUUCCAUUGAAAGCCGAUCCACGACUAUUCGAGUAUAAAUCAGAAGAGGGAAACGAUGAGGGCACCGACCAAGAUACACUAGAAUACAAAUUAAAAAUCAAAUGUACACGACGCAAAGAUGCAAAAGACACCGCACUGUCGGACGGCUUGUACGAGAAUCAAAAUGUCUAUUCCAAUCACAUCAAAUGGAUACCGAAAGGAAAACAAGGUUCACUGUUUCGUGAGAGUGAUGUGGGUCCAGUACAUGAGAAGAUUUUGAUUAGCAAAAUGCGACCGGGACACGAGUUUGACAUUAAACUAUUGGCUGUUAAGGGAGUGGGCAAAGACCACGCCAAAUUUUCACCAGUGUCAACGGCCACAUAUCGUUUAUUGCCCGAAAUAACAAUCAAACGACCGGUUAUGGGUGAUGAUGCCAAAAUAUUACAGUCAUGUUUCAGCCCCGGUGUUAUUGACAUUGAUGGAAAUGGAAAGGCAUAUGUGAAAGAUGCGCGGUACGAUUCAUGCAGUCGCAAUGUUUAUCGUUAUCCACAUUUGGCUGAUGCUGUUGAUAUUGCACGCAUUCGUGAUCAUUUCAUUUUUUCCGUUGAAUCAGUUGGCGCAUAUCCACCGCACGAUAUUUUCAUCGAAGCUGUUAAAAUUCUGAAGAAAAAGUGCCGGCAAUUUAUCCACGAAUUGGAUGGAGGCAAUCAAUAAUAAAUUUAUUUUUAAGUACAAGUUUUUUUAUCAAAAUCAUUUGAAUUCAAAUAAAAUUAAAUAAAGACAAUUGAAAUGAUUAU